UCUUAAAGAGCGCGUGAUUGAGCUGACCGGAUCACGUGACCUCAGGGAGGAAACAAGGGAGGGGGCUUAAACAUGGCCGACGAGACAGAGGGUGUAAACACAGCUGUUGACGAGGACCCAGAAAAACAACAGGUACAUGGGCUCGAAGUUUCAGGUGCGGCGACUCGCGGUGAGUCUGAGGGAGCCGACGGACCGGACUCGGCCGAGAAGUCGAGUUCUGCCGCGGCAGAGAACAGCUGGUCUGCUCCCAUCUUUUCUCUGGCUCGGAGGGCCACGGAGACUAUUAGCAGUGGGAUGAGCUACGCUGCUGCCCCUAGGAAGCCCUCACAGGGGUCCGCUGUCAGCUCUCCAACCGAGGCGGAGCCGGGAGAUGAUCUCAGCAGCGCCACACAGAAGCCUCCCGUUCUGGCCCCCAAGGACCACAUGGCAAUAGAGAGAUCCAACCUGCUUAGCAUGAUGAAGCUGAGCAUCAAAGUCUUAAUUCAGUCCUCCUUGAGUCUCGGAAGGACUCUGGACUCAGACUACCCUCCUCUGCUACAGUUUUUUGUUGUCCUCGAACACUGCCUCAAACAUGGGCUGAAAGCAAAGAAGUCGUUCAUUGGUCAGAACAAGUCCAUAUGGGGGCCUCUGGAGUUGGUCGAGAAGUUGUGUCCAGAGUCCGUCAAUAUUGCCACUAGUGCCAGAGACCUGCCGGGCAUCAAGACUGGCUUAGGGAGAGCGCGGGCAUGGCUGCACUUGGCACUCAUGCAGAAAAAAGUGGCAGACUACAUGAAAGCCCUUCUGGACCACAAAGACCUCCUGAGUGAGUUUUAUGACUCUGGAGCUUUGAUGAUGGAGGAGGAAGGAGCGGUGAUGGGGGGUCUGCUGGUGGGCCUCAACGUGAUCGACGCUAACCUCUGUAUUAAAGGCGAGGAUCUGGAUUCUCAGGUGGGAGUCAUAGACUUUUCCCUUUACCUUAAAGACCCAGCCAACAGUGAGACCCCAAAAGAUGAUGCCAAGAUGACAGCCAUUUUGGAUCAAAAGCACUACAUCGAGGAGCUAAAUCGUCACCUAAGCGGCACCGUCACUGACCUCCAGGCUAAAAUGGACUCUUUGGAGAAGACCAACAGCAAACUUGUAGAGGAGCUGACUGCAGCUACAGACCGAAUCAACUCCCUGCAAGAAGAGCAUGACCAGCUGAAAAAAGAGAACGAGACAAUCUUACAGUCCAGCCAGAAAAAGGAAGAGGCUGCUCUCCAGGACAGCCAGGUGGAGCUGGAGACGUACAAACAGACCCGCCAAGGCCUGGAUGAGAUGUACAACGUGGUGUGGACGCAGUACAAGGAGGAAAAGCGGAUUCGCCAAGAACUAGAGCGUGAACUGGAGCUCCAGGUGGGCUUGAAGCAGGAGAUGGAAGUGGCCAUGAAGCUACUGGAGAAGGACACCCACGACAAACAGGACACGUUAGCCGCCCUACGGCUGCAGCUCGAUCAAGUCAAGACUCUUAACCUUCAAAUGUUCCACAAAGCUCAGGAGUCGGAACGACAAGCAGAAAAGAAGCAGGCAGAGGCAGUGCAGCUGGAGCAGAGGAUGAAUGAAAUGGAGAGAGUCAUGAUGGACCUGGAGCAGAGACUGCAAAACUCAGAGCGAGAGCGCAAAUGCAGCGACCAAUCUGACCAAGACCUGAAGGUGGAGCUGGAAGGAAAAGUGGAUGCUUUACAGAAACAACUCACAGACCUGGAUACUCUAAGGCUGGGUUUGGAAAACGAGCUGCGGACUGAGAGGGAACAGAGACAGAACCUGCAGAAAGCUCUCCAACGAGAGCAAGACAACAGCACUGAGCUCCGCACUCAGCUGCAGCAGCUCCAGGGCCUAAACACGGAGCUGCAGGAUUUGAAGCAGGAGAAACAGCAGCUGCAGCAGAGAUGUGAGCAGCAGGAGCAGGCUCUGCAGGAGAUGGGCCUGCAUCUCAGCCAGUCAAAACUCAAGAUGGAGGACUUUAAGGAGGUCAACAAGGCCCUUAAGGGACACGCCUGGCUGAAGGAUGAUGAGGCCACUCACUGCAAGCAAUGCCAGAAGGAGUUCUCCAUCUCACGCAGAAAGCACCACUGCAGGAACUGCGGAGACAUCUACUGCAACGGCUGCUCCAGCAACGAGCUGGCCUUACCGUCGUAUCCUCGGCCCGUCAGAGUCUGCGACAUGUGCCACUCCCUCUUACUACAGAGAAGCUCCUCCACGGGCUCCUGACAACACUACUUAAGUUUCGAGGUUUCCACACAAGCUCUCCGGACACCACACAAACCCGACUAAUAUCACUAAGUAGCCAAGUCAAAUAAGGAAAAUCAUCACAUCUGGUUUGGUGUUCCAGCGCUCUAACCUGAGAUUCAGGUUCAUUGGUUCUUGACUAAAUGGGAACAUUCUCUAACAUUCAACAAGAAAUGUAUCUUAUAACAGAAAAGGCCUGACUUUGCAUAAAAGGUGAAAACAUUUAGGCGUCAGUAUUUUCUUGUUCACUAACAUCGGUUCCUAAGCUGACUCCUAAUGUUUAAAAUUAUGCUGUCCCCCCCUUAAGACAAUUUAUAUUCCAGCUUUUGCUGAGAAUCUUUUGGUAGUUUAUUUAGAACACACAAACAUUUUAUAAAAAGUUUUUUAAUUGACAGUUCUAACCCCUGGUGGACUUUGUGUACUGGGUAAAACUAUUUUAGACACUUAUUUUGAGAGUUUGUGAAUCAUGUCAACUGCUUCAAAGCCAUUUUCCCUGUUUGGAAAUGGUGAGAAUGUUUAUUUUUAGCUUGAUGUUUUGUAAAUGAAUAAAACCUCCUGUUUUACCAAUGCUUGCUCCAAAUAGAUAUUCCAGACUAGUUUAUUCACUUUUUGCACAGAAAAUACAAAUAGCAUUUGAAGCAGUAGAAACCUCCAUGGCAGCAGAUUUGAAAUUCGUUUGUCCUCAACUCAGCCCUCAUCAUAACACAGAAAACACUGCUCUCAAUGGUCAAAACUGUAGAAAACAAAACACUCAGACCAUGUGAAGUCUCAAAUUCAGAGAAACAUUGUAAGUGAGAAGUAAAAAAAACAAAACAGAAAAACUCUGAAAACAUCAGGGGAUACCAGACAUCUGCAGCUUUUCUGCUCAUGCACUCAGACUUUGAACUUGUGUUAAAUCCCAAAGCACAGAAAAUGUUAACUUUGAGAAACAUCUAAGAUGACGAUAACACAAAACGGCACGCUUCUUGGAAAUUUAAAGCAUGGUUUUGUAAUGUGUCGUAUCAGUGAGGAAUGGGAAAGAGACUUCAAACAUUUCUUGAGACAACGGAUGAGAUCACCUUUCCCUGAAGUUCAUAACCCCAGGACAACAAAGAAAAAGACCCUCACCAGACUAUCCUAUGUUUUACAAGGUGAGACAUUUCCAGUCCUUCCAGCAAAAUGCUGAGUUAAAAAAAACAUCAAAUUUUGGGAAGAGGGGGAAAAAAAACAAACAGAAAAA